AGUAAAAAUCUAAUUUCUUCAGAAAAUAUUGAGUUUAUUAGUAAUUUAAGUAAUAUCCAGGUAAACGUAAUCCAUAUUAUGUAAGUAACUAAAUUAGCAACUCUAAAGUAAAAAAAAAAAAUUAGUAAGGAAAAACUACUCCAUGAGAACAGUCAUAGGGAUGUCUGAUAAAAUAAAUAUGGAACCAUCGUCCUGUUCAAAUAUUGCUAUAAUUGAACAAUUUGAUUCACCUGAUAUUGAUUCACAUCAGCAAUACGAAAUUAGAUUAACAAGUACCACAGAGAAUGAUAACAAUGACUUUAAUUCACCUCAGAAAUUGAAUUCUCCAGAAAAAAGUGACCAACUUAAUUCAACUGAUGAGACAAAUAUAUCAAACAAACUAAGGAAUAUACAGUCUAAUUUGACUUUGAGUAAAGUGCCUAAUAAUGAAGUAACUUCUACCAACACAAUUGAACAAUUCGAUUCAAAUGAUACCAGCUGUGAUCAAAGACUAAGAAACACUACAGAUACAGUAAAGAAAGGCAACUCCUAUAGAAAUGCUUUAAAAGUCACUUUAACAGAAAUAAUUGAACCCUUUAAUUCAAGUGAUGAAAUAACAAAUGAUUUGAGAAUUAUACAGAAUAAUGAUAAAGCUAUAAUUGAUAAAAUUGGUACUUCUACAGGAAUAAUUGAGCCAUUUUCUUCAAGUGACAUUAAUGUUGCUGAACACACUUGUUUGUCAAGAACAUCUGAUGAGCUAUGUAAUGUUAAUAGUAAUGAAAGUAAUAUACCAAAUAAGAGUAAAAUAAAGAGACUGGUUUUAAAUAUUGAUAGUGAGGAUAAUGAAGAAACUCAGAUAAAUGAUAUGAUAGAUACAGAUGAACUCCCAGUAAUAGCAAGCAGUAUAAAUCUGGGGCAAAGAAGAAGAAUUAAAGCUAUUGUUGAUUCUGAUAGUGAAGAAGAUGAGACUUCUGUUAGGCACACUCUUCAUAAUGAAAGUUUUGAUAAACAUAAUGAAGCCAGUAAUAGCAGUGUAAGUUUGGAAGAAGUGAAUCGAGAUGCAGAAACACAAAAUGUUAAACCAGCUCAAAAGAAUAGGAAAAUAGCAAUAAUUGAUUCUGAUAGUGAAGGAGAGGAGGAUAUUAUUAAGUCCACACUUUAUAAUAAGAGUUUGGAUUAUAUCGAUGAAAAUAGAGCCAAUGUUUUAAUAGAUAACCAAGAAGAAGAUAUGAAAUUGAUGCCUAAGAAAUCGCGGUUAGCAAUGUUAUGUGACUCAGAUAGUGAGGGAGAAGAAAGAGAGCAAGCUGAGUCUGCCCAAAACUCCUCAGAUAAUGAAAUUGUUGAAGAAACACAAUACCAAACAUUGACCUCCAAAAACAAGAAACCUAUAAAAUCACACUCAAAAAAUGCUGCUAAGAAGGCAAAAAUAAAUUCUAAUUUGACUGAUAGUGAGGAUAUACCAAAAAUCACUAACGCGCGAGAAGCAGCUGAACAGCGAAAACUAAUCCAGUCCGAGUCUCAAAGAAUGCUGAGAGAGAAAAAUAUUUCUUUGCCUUAUCACAAACCAAAAACGCACAGUCUUCAGGAUUUUCUUGCGCGGCGUCCCAAACUGUCUCAAGCGGCGUCUGUGAUUGGACGUGCUCCACCAAGUGUAGCUAUUAAAAUGACUACUGAACAGCUAGAAAUUAUUUCAAAACGGCUUAAAGAAAGAGAGAAGGAGGUAAAAGAAUUUUACAAGUCGGAAAGCGAAUCAGAUGCUGAAGAAGAUGAUCAGGAAUACAAACCUCCUUCAAAAGAUGUAAAUUCUGAAGCUGAAAAUAAGGUAGAGGAUAUAGAUCCUGUAUCAGCCUCAAUUGAGAAUGAUGAAAUAUCAUCUACAGAUGAGAAAAAUGAUAAUAAACAAAUUACUUCCACUGAGAGCCCGUCAAUAAUUCGUGAAACUGAAAGUUUAAAUAUGGUUCAAGAAAACCGUUCUCUGGAAGUUCAAGUAGGACAACAAAGUGAUAGCUCUACUCAAGAACAAUUAAUUAGCGGUUCCAAUGAAAUGCCUAUGGAAGUCGAAGAAUCCUCGAAAAUAUCUAUGCAGGAAAACAUUCCCUUUAAUGAUAUUACCACUGAAUCUCAUGAUAAGCAAACUUGUCAGCAGAGUGAAAGCUAUGAAUUCCAGUUAGACGACGAAGAAAUUGAAAGCCCGAUGGAAACACCCGAAAAUAUUUCAAAAUCUAUUGUGGAAAAUGAAUCACUAGUCACAUGCCAAGAAUUUAAUUAUUCUGAUUUAGAUAAGGAAAUUGAAGCAUACCGUGAAACCGAACCUCGGGAACGACCAAGCAUAAAAUCCAAACUUGAGUUGCUCAAAGAACAGUUAGCCAAUGACAAACCAAAGUUAAGUGGUUGUCCAGAUGAAAUUAUAGAUCUUGACUCAGGUGUUACUAAACCUAGAGAAGUAGUUCAGUUGAUGGAAAGGUUCGCUAAACAUGUUGCGACGAAGAAGCAUCACUCGAAACAUAAAGUAAAAUUAAGUAUUGUAACUGUGGAAAGUGGCGGAGAUAUUCAUGAAGAAGAAGUGGCUGUAAAUGUGGAUAGUGACGAAGAGGCUGCAGAAGUAGAAGAAAAGCCUGGUGCCAAAUUACAUAAGUUAAAAGAAGAAUUGCAAAAACAAAUGGAACAAAAGAAAACUGAAAUUUGGCGCAAAAAAGCUGCCAAGGGGAUAAGAGGAGGAUUGUUUGGAAGUGAAGAAGGCGAGGAAGAAACUGAAGAAAAAUAUAUUUUUGAUGAUGAGGAAGAAGAGAUGACCGAGGAAGAAGAGACUGGUGAAGAACUUGAAGAAAAUGUUAAUUUAGAUGACAAGCCUAAAAAAAAAUCAAUGUUUAUGGAUGAGGAGGCUGAAGUUAGCGAAAAUGAUGAUAUGGAUGAACCAAAAGAUAAAGAAGGUUAUGAAGAAGAUAUUCCUGGUGAUGAUGAAAUAAAUGCUGAACAAUCAGAAGAGGAGAACAAAGAAGAUGAAGCUAGUGAUGCUGAAGAUGAUGCUUCAGUAAUAUCAGAGGCUUCAGAAAAAAAUGCUGAGACUUUUAUCGAGAAGAAGCGAGUAUUGAAGCGUAUAGUACAACCAGCUGAUGACGAUUCUGACGACGAUGAUUUAUUUAAGGAUGAUGUGCAAAAGAAUGAUUGUAAUGAAGUUCAUUUGGAUUCCACAAUUACAGCUGAUGAAGAUGAUAUACCGCCUCAUCAGCCUCCGCAACUACGAACCCCAAUUAGGCCAGCUAUUAGUCAAACGAAGUCCAUAGGUGAUUUUCUUACGCCCAUAUCUUUUAUUACAAGUAUUCAAAACUUGGCGUCAGCAUCAAAGAUUAAAGAUGGGCCGGUUAUAUCACCAUUUAAAAUGCCGUCAGACGUUCCCCAAUCUCCAUUCAAGGAAGAUAACUCAGUUCGACAGAAAAAGUUGUUUGCAGACUCUGAAAUAUUAGAAUCACAGGGUUCAGUAGAGAUGUUGGCAUCUCAACUGGAAAGUUCUUCUGAGCAGUACAAGAGCACUGAAACUCUUCCAAGUCAUGAAGCAACCUCGGGCACUUCUGAAGAACCUCCAAGUACUCAAGAUCUACUUGCUAUUUGUUCUGGCGAAUUUACCGGAGUUACCCAACCAGAAUUUGCAUCUGCAGAGAGCACCAAACAGCUUAUUGAUUUUACAAGCACACAAAGUAGUGAGUUAAAAUGUUUGGGUCAAGAAGAUACGAUCAUUUCUCAGCUUCUUGAUGAAGAGGAACUAGAAAAUUUUAAGAAAAAAUUUGACUCACCGGUAAAUGCGGCCUCUCAGAGAAACAUAUUUGCUGACUCAGAAGAGAUUAAAGGAGGUGGAAUUAUCGAUUCCGAUGAUGAUGAUGAUGUUGAUGGGGCUACCAAGAUAAAGAAAACUAAUAAGAAACGAUUACAGUUCUUAGACGAUGACAGUUCGGAAGAUUCAGAAAGCGAAGAAGAAUUUUUGGAAGAUAAAGAAAACAUGGAAAAUAUUGAUUAUGACUCGGAAGAAAAUGAAAUUGACUUAGAUGAUGAAGACGUUCCACAAAAGGCACCGAAACUAGCGGACUUCUUGGAAGCCGAAGCCGAGUUGUCAGAAUCUGAAUGGGGCAGUGAAGACGAAGAUGAAAAAGAUUUAGAUCAAUUGGAGUUUGAGUUAGGUGAUACAGAGAAGUUCGAUGAGGAAAAAGUGAAAUCGGAUCUUGAAAAGAUUCAUAUGCGACGAAUGUUAGACGAUGAUAAUCGUGAAGUCAAACUUCUCCAAGAGCUACUUUUGGAAGAUGGUGAAAUGCAUGGGACAGGAAGACAGCGACAAUUCAAAUGGAAAAAUAUUGACUUAAAUGGAGACUCAAUACAAGAAAAACAAGAUGAAGAUGACGUUUAUCUGGAUGAAGAAGAAAGUGAAGAGCAGUGGAGGAAAAAAAGGCAUGAAAGGGAAAUGUUUCUGCAAAAACAAAAAAGUCAAAUCGUUGAUUCAGAAGAUGAUGUCGUAGGUACCAGUCAACUAUUAAAAUUGGGACAAAAAUUUUUGGAGAGAAGUAUUAGUUUAAACUCGCAAAAUAGUUCGGUGAGCGAACAGAAUAAGCCUGAUCCUACGAGCCCGCUUAAAGCUGUUCCUUUCAGCAUCUUAAAUAAGAGAGGAUCGUUCCUAAAUAGAACAGAUCGCGUCUUAGAAAGAGUGGCCGAAUAUACAAAAGACACUACAAUUAAUAGUGGAUCCAAAAAAACCACUAAGCACUUUUUGUUCCAAAGUAGUGCUGUUAUAGCAGAUACAGCUGCCGCAACUGAGAGUAAAAAGAGAAAAGCUGCAGAAGGAACCCCAAAUGUAAUAAAAAAACUAAGACUGAAUACAAAUCUUAGUCCAGCCUUUAAGAAAAGGGUGGAUAAGUCAGAAAGGUCCAAAAAGUUAUUUAAUUUUUAGCCAUUUUUCCUUUUAAUUUUAGCUUUAAACUUAGUGAUUUUAUGUUUGUUUAGAAGAUAUUUAUUCGGCUUUGAUAAAAGAUUAUAACUUUUUUUAUGUAAGAUAUUCCAAUGUUUGUUGCAAUAGGAGGAUUAAAUUCCA